CAUAUCCGUCUUUCCAAAUCUGUCUCAGGGAAACGGAGGAGGACAGGGUGGUGGAGAAAAGUGCCAGAAAAGCUGUUCCAAAGAAGUUAUUCAAAUGGAAUCAGGAGAUCAGAGAUUGCUUGGGUCUCUUAUUGAAGGAGAAAAUGGCAACAUGUCAAAAGGAGGGGAAAGAAGGGCAAGAGCUUGAAGAGUACAUGAAGACUGUGCUUGACAAUGAAGUGAAACCUCUUUGGCCUAAAGGAUGGAUGCAGUCCAGGGUGCUGAUGAGGGAGAGCAGGAAGCUGUCGGGCCUCUUUGCUUCGCUCCUAGUAAACAAGGCCAAGAGCUGUCAAACUGAGAAGCGUCCAGACAGGUGCAGAAGCAAUCAGGGGACUGAAGAAUUGAAGGUGGAGUCAGGCGUCUCUGUCUCCUUCUCUCCUCCAAAGGCAGACGGACUUCCAGAGACUCCCGGAUGUUCCCUCCUGGAUAUCCUCGCCGACCAGGCACUGGCUUGUGAGCAGCCCCUUGCUCUCUCCAGGGACUACUUGGCGACAGCGGUGUUCAAGCCCUGGAAUGUGGGGACGGACAACAGAAGUCCUCCUCUUCCUCCUCCACCACCUCACUCAAGCCCAAUCAAUUUCCCUGAGAGUCAGGUUGUUUUGCCUCAUCUGUUGCAGGUUGGAGAUAUCAAAUCUUUUGGAGUCUCUCAACUUAGAAACGGACAGUAAAUUUAACCUUUAUGCUAACUUGUAUUGCCUGAACCUCUUGCUAAACUGGUUAUUCCUGAGGGUUUACAGUAGCUCAGUUGGUUCUGAUAAAUAUUGAAAGAUUACCGUUACAUUUCUGAAUUGGACAUUGUGAGAAACGUGACUCUUGUCUUCAGUGCUGUCGGAUUGUAAUUCACCUUAUUAAAAGUAAAUAAAGCUGUAAAUGAGACAUUUGAAAGACUCAAGAGCUGAAACCUGUUGCAGAGCAACAUCAGAAUAUUGAAUGAUGUUCUGUGUACGCAGUGUUCCCUCAUCUUAAUGUAAUCAUGAUGUGGUGGAAAUGGCAAUAGAAUCGACCUUCGAUUAACUUUGAAGAGAUGAACAAACUUCAAUAGGUGCAGGGUUUUACUCGACUUUUCUGGCUUCCGUUAGCUGUAUUUUCAUUAAACGUGUGCCCA